GACGCAACAGAUACCUGUUCGAGAACGCGAAGGAAGGUGCGCAAAACACGCACGUGCGUGAACACAAUGAUAUUCCAGAACGAUGAUCAGGGUUGUUUUUAUCUAACAAGCUAAGGAGCACGAAAAGCCGGUAACAUAGUGAUAGUCUAAUAACUUCCGCUGAAGCAGAGAAUCUUAAAGGCCACUGAACGAUGGCGAGCCAAAGCAUGCACCACGGGUCGCGAUCGAGCUCCGAAGUAGAGGGGGACUACGCUCGACUGGAGGACCAGAUGAACAAUGACCACCUGCAGAAACUGCAGCAAAUAUUUGAGGAGGCAGAUGAUGAUGGCGGAGGUGGGCUGGACCCGGAUGAGUUCCGCCAGGCCAUCAAGAGAACCAUGGGAAACAAGACUGUGGACGAUCACGAGUUGGAAAUCCUCUUCAUGAAGGUCGACACCAACUGUGAUGGAACCGUGGACUGGGAUGAGUACCUGUCCUACAUGCUUUUGGAAUAUCAAGAGAAGGACAUCAUGUCCACUACCUUCCGCGGGGUGCCGUUCCCCAUGCCCCUAAGGGGAAUUCCAAGUUCCCAUCGGGAUACGAUCAAUGCUAUCUCGUACUACCAGCUGCUCACCAACCGGCACGGUGUGACGGCGAACGACGCGGACAACCCAGGCGGCCGUUACAUCACCAUGAGUAAGGAAGGCGUCAUCAACUUCUGGAACUCAGAAAUGAUCGCGCUGCAGCGGACCGUUACGUUGGAGCAGCCGCGCGACAAGACGAUGUCCCUGUGGCUGACGGACCUGGUUGCCAUGGCAAACGUCAACAUGGUGGCUAUUUCGUCAUCAGAGCGAGAAAUAAGUUUCUAUGAUUGCUCCGCAACCAAGUUCGAACUGCAGUUCCAGAUCACAGCACUGGACAAGGCUGUAAUGACUAUGGACUACUGGUUUGACUACAAUAACCUGAACAGCUGCUUGCUGCUGAUGGGAGAUGCAGGUGGGAACGUCUCCAUAAUUGUCUUCUCCGAGGCCUGCGGUGCUGGGCUGUUUGGAGACUCAGCUCUCACAGGCGGCUGCAAGCGGAUCCCAUUUGCUGCUCUGCAGCAGGGCGCAGUAAAGGGUGUGAAGGCAGUGCAGCAUCAUCUGCACAAUGACUGGGUAAAGAAAGUGAUGUACUGCAGCGAGUCCGGCUUUUUCCUCUCCUGUUCUGUGAACACUGAGACAGCGCUGUUUGCAGGGGACAUUAACCUGAAGAAAAUGCAUUCAUUCUUUAAGAUCAGGAAAGGAGUGUGUGCUGUGGACUUUUGUAGCAUCAAGAACGUUAUUGCUACUGGAGGCAUGGACUGGUCAGUACGUAUAUGGAAUCCUUACGUCACCACCAAGGCCACCACUGUGUUCCGUGGGCACAACUCUGCUGUGCUGCAUGUCAUGUGGACAGACCAGGGCCAGCACAUUGUGUCGGUGGACAAGGGGAAGAAUGUAAAGGUAUGGGAUGUGCGAGAGCACAACUGUGUCCAGAGCAUCCCAGCAAGGAAUGUCCCCAUGGGCCACCACCCCAUCAAUGUCAGCUGCUACAGCAAGAAGACUGACUCCAUCAUCCUAGCCAAUAACAUGCUUGCUGUGUUUGACCGUGUGAAAAUAGAAGAAGACAAGGACGCCCUGGAGACGAUGUCACAUGAACAGCCAAUCUGCACAAUCCUAUAUAAUGAUCUCUUUGAUGUGAUCGUGAGUGUCAGCCAUGAUGACAUGAUCCAUGUGUGGAGCAUCGACAAUGGGGAGAAAGUUAUCCAGUUCUCCAUACACCAUGGGAAAGAAGAAGACUGUCCUGAAAUUACAGCCAUGUGCUUUGACCCCACCAAACGUCGCCUGAUUACUGGAACAAAGGCAGGACAGGUGCAGAUAUGGAACUUCAACAACGGUGCCUUGUUAAAGGACUUUGAACAUGUGGAUACAUGUGAGGUGAAGAGCAUUAUCUGCUACAAGCAGCACAUCGCAGUGUCAGGCUGGAAUAGAAGGGUUGUCUGCCACCUGGAUGCCAAAGGUGAUGAAGAUGAUGAUAUGAAGGUAUGGCCUGUGCGCCAUGGAGAGGAUAUCUUGUGCUCCUCCUACUACAGCCCAUUGUCUAUUCUGGCAACAAGCUCAUACGAUGGGGACAUCAUUCUAUGGUCAGCUGACACUGGUCAUGUCCUGUGUCGUCUGAAUGCCUUCCAUGGUGCCUACCCCAUGUCUCCUAUAUGCUUUGGUGUACCAGGGGAAACUUCACGUGAAAACAUGAUCAAGGUAUGGCACAUGUCCAGCAAGUCUGAUGCCACCAGUCCUGGACCAACCAACACACAGCAGGAGGAGACUAACAGCCAGUCAAAAUGUCCUAUACAAGAGCAGUGUGAGACCAGCAGUGAAGAAGGGUCCAAGCCAGAUACCGGGCUGCAGUUUGAUGCGAGAAAAGCCAGCAUUGGUUGGGGAGGUAUGAUGGAAGAACAAGUGACUUCAGCUCAGAGCUCCUCCAGUCUGGAAACAGUUGAGUACCAUGCAGAGAGACAGCGCAGGGUCAGUAAGUACAAUGUAGCCAUAGACAAGAUCAUCUUUCUGUCCACCCGAGAAAACAACCAGGACACCGCCAUCCUGCUGGCCUGCGGGGCAGACGGCUGGGUCCGGGCAUGGUCCAUCCACCACAAGGGCGGGAUGCUGGGACAGUUCCGGGCAACGGAGAAAGACAUUGGUAUCCUCGCCAUGGAAACAGACUCAAACAAUGAAUUUCUGUUUACAGGAGACACAGCAGGGUACAUCAAGGUGUGGGAUAUCCGUAGAUACUGCAUCAAGAAUCCCCCACCACCUAAUGAUGCCAGAGACAAGGAAAUUCAGAGCAUAUUUCCAUUUCUGAACUCAGAUAUUGGCAAGUACAGCCUCAAAAUGCGUGCAAAGGAAAGAAAGUGCAAAGUAGACACGAGAUACCACUUGCCUGUUGAUUUUGACAUUGAUCAGCGGGGGACAAACCUAACAGCCCCCCCACUCCUGAACUCCUUCCGUGGCCACACCAAAGCAGUGGUAGAGAUACAGUACCUGGAGCCACGGAGGCUGAUUGCCACCGCAAGUUCCGACUGUACCAUUCGUCUGUGGACUGCUUGUGGCAGAUACAUAGGUACUUUUGGGCAGAAGAACCCAUGGACAAAGCUUGAGAAGCCAGUGCGUCCCCGCAGGCUGCCUAAGCGUUGUCCUUUGGACAUUGUCCGUGUGGGCUCUGCAACAACCCUGAAAGUACUGAAUGGAGGGAUACGUCCGAAGUGGAGGCUGGCUCGCAACAUCUUGAUGAUGAUGGCAAGAGAGAAAACGCAGUGGAACAAAAAAGUUGAACGAGGAGAAGUUCCAGCAGAUGCAGAAAAGGAAGAAGCACAGGCAGUAGCACAGCACAAAGCCACAAAAGUCAGGUUUGCAGAUGUGGAGGAGGUCCUGAAUACGGAUAAGCCACAUUUACCCCCAGUCUUACAGAAGACAAGCUCGGAACAUCUGCUUCAGAGGAGGCCAACGCCGUCCAGCAACAUCCUGCGGGGCGGAUAUCGCCCCCAAACUCGACAUCGCGCACCUGCCCGUCUGCCCAAGCUCCGGCAGUUCCAGACACAGGUUGCAGUGUACUCAUCCAUCCCUUACAGCAAGAUACAGCCAGUCGCCAUGCCAAGCACACCGGACAUUGUGAGCGAGAUCCACGCACGUCAACAGAAAGAACAGGAGCGAUCGACGGCCACUGUUGCCGCAGGGAAAGUUCAUGACAUCAUUCGUGCCAACAGAGUCUUACGUGCUCUGAGGCCAAGCAAGAAGUCUAAGGCAAAGAAAUCAGUUAAGUCAAUGAAUACCAACUAGAUGUAUUCAACACCAUGUUUGGACUAUCUUCCAGUCUAAAUUGGCUGUGUGAUGUCAUUCUUUUAUACUAUGUCAUUAUGUAUACAUCCUGCCAUGUUAAAGCUGUCUGUUCCUGACAAUUUGCAGUAAACAUUGUAGUAGGAGCAUCAUACCAGUUUUACUCACAGUCAUGAGAAAUUGUUUGAUAAGGUUACAAGUUCAUCAGACUGUUUUCACAAAUGGUCAACAAGAAUUUACUUACUGACACAAACCACAAUGAGGCUAAGUUGUACAAAAGGACUAUUUAUUAAAAGAUGGAAUGCAUUUAUCA